GCGGCGGCGGCUGUUUGCUCCGGAGGGCGGAUAAAAAACACCGGGUGGGACCGCGGCGGCGCGCACAGCGGUGGGAGCGGGGCCGGGGGUUGUGGCUCUGGAUGAGGUUGCACUUUCCACGCAGCCAUGGCACCCACGCUCGCUACCGCUCACCGCCGGCGCUGGUGGAUGGCAUUCACAGCCAUCAUUGAGAACCUGCUCUUCUCAGCUGUCCUGCUGGGCUGGGGGUCCCUGCUCAUCAUGCUGAAAGCAGAAGGGUUUUACUCCUACCUGUGCCACGAAUCAGGAAACUUCACCAACAGCCCUGAGCCUGAGAACGGCACCGCAACAGAGCACAAAUGGCCUUCGUGCAACGCCCAGGACGAGAUGCUGAACCUGGCCUUCACCAUCGGCUCCUUCCUGCUCAGUGCCAUCACCCUGCCCCUUGGCAUCGUCAUGGAUAAGUACGGCCCUCGCAAGCUGCGGCUGCUUGGCAGCGCCUGCUUUGCUGUGUCCUGCGUGCUGAUCGCAUAUGGUGCCAGCAACCCCAACACUCUGUCUGUGCUGAUAUUCAUCGCGCUGGCUCUGAACGGCUUCGGUGGGAUGUGCAUGACCUUCACGUCGCUCACGCUGCCCAACAUGUUCGGUGACCUUCGUUCCACGUUCAUUGCUCUGAUGAUUGGCUCCUAUGCUUCCUCUGCUGUGACCUUCCCAGGAAUCAAGGUUAUAUAUGACUUUGGGGUCUCCUUCAUCCUUAUUCUGCUCGUCUGGGCAAGCUGUGCAGGACUUGUUUUCCUCAACUGCUUCUUCAACUGGCCACUGGAGCCCUUCCCAGGACCAGAAGACAUGGACUAUACGGUGAAAAUAAAGUUCAGCUGGCUGGGAUUUGACCACAAAAUCACCGGGAAGCAGUUCUACAAGCAAGUCACAACCGUGGGACGCCGGCUGAGUGUGGGGAGCUCCAUGAAGGGCCCCAAAGAAUCGGCAGCCUUGCAAGAGAACAACAAGCUCUGCCUGUCCACGGUGGACCUUGAAGUGAAGUGCCAGCCUGACAGCACAGCUUCUCCCUCCUUCAUGAAGAGUGUCUUCAGCCCCAUCUUGCUGCUCAGCCUUAUCACCAUGUGUGUCACUCAGCUGCGGCUCAUCUUCUACAUGGGGGCCAUGAACACCAUCCUUGAGUUUCUGUCCGGAGACGAAGACCAAGUGAGUCUCUACACUUCCAUUUUUGGGGUACUGCAACUGCUGUGCCUGCUGACAGCGCCUGUGAUCGGGUACAUCAUGGACUGGAGACUGAAAGAAUGCGACGAUGGCUCUGAAGAGAACGAGGAGAGCAACGCUGAGCAAGGUGACAAGAAAAAGAAAAAACGUGAUCGUCAGAUCCAGAAAAUCACCAACGCCACCAAUGCCUUUGCAUUCACAAAUCUCCUGCUGGUUGGAUUUGGAGUCACCUGUCUCAUUCCCAACCUACCGCUGCAGAUUCUUUCCUUCAUUUUGCACACAAUUGUGAGGGGAUUUAUCCACUCAGCGGUGGGAGGCCUCUAUGCAGCUGUAUACCCCUCUACUCAGUUUGGUAGCUUGACAGGGUUGCAGUCGUUGAUCAGUGCCCUUUUCGCCCUUCUGCAGCAGCCUCUGUUUAUGGCAUUAACAGGACCUCUGGAAGGAGACCCUCUUUGGGUGAACGUUGGCUUGCUUGGUUUGAGCUUACUGGGCUUCUGCCUUCCGAUCUACCUGGUCUGCUACAAACGCAGGCUAGAAAGAGAAAGAAAACAAAAGAUUGAAGAUUCCAAACUCUUCCUCAAAAUCAAUGGCACUCCCAAUGAGGAAGCCUUUGUUUAAACUGGUGCUUUCAAAUACAACCUCCCCUGUACAGGUUCCUACCAUAUCCGUGGGUUCUACCUGUGGUGUAAGCCAGGCUUUUUCUCUCCUGGCUCUGUUCAUCACUGGAGUGAGGGCCAGACAUCAUGACUGAGCUUUCCUCAGAUAUAUGGCAGGAGGAGACUUCACACUCCUUACUCCAGAACACAAGACGCUUUUUUCCUUUUUAUAAAGGCCACACAGAUAUUGUGUCUUAAAUUAUCCCCUGAUCGUGCUCUCCAGCUGCAGAGGCUCUGCAUAGGAAACUGGGAGAGAAGGAAGAGAUGGAUGGGAGAAGAGGGAAGAAAGACCUUAAUUUGAAUUUGCAAGUGUAACAUGCUGAAGUCUGUACUCCCUCCUCUUCUCCCAACCUUGGCUGACCGUCUCAGAUGUAAGCUGCACUCUCCUCCCUUCCUGAGGCUUCAUAAUGGUCGUUCUGCUUGAUAUGUAGCUGGACUCAGCAGUUUCACCACCUAUCCAGAGGUAUCCCAGACUGUUUCUGAGGCAGGGAAGGGGAUUUAUUCCUUCAUAUAUAAGCACGGCUUCAGUGUAUUGCUAAAUGUUGGCUGCUAGCACUGACAGCUCCCAAAUGUUUUAUUACUGCAAUGACACAGACUGUGAGCAAUGGAUCUGCCUUCCACACAGAAAUGAAGAGCCUACUGAACUGCUCGGUCCUCCACCAAGCCUUCGAAGGCCUGGAAUUCCUCUCUUCCCAGCCUGUAAGCCACCUGUACACGCUGUAAACUGCCUGCAGUCCUGGAACUGUUGAGAUAGGAAUUGGAUCUUGUUUACCGAUGAAGUGCUUUUGAGACUUGUUGCCUUUUGCCUCUUCCUCCCUCCAACGUGACCCUGGGAGGGGAGCAGCAGCGUGUAUUUACUAAAGUGGAGAAGCUUCUUGAAGCUGGGUUCUGGGGCUCCAAAUACCUUGGUGUUCACUUGUCGUAAGCUGACUUCUUGUUGAAAAGAGUCAAGAGUGCAGAACACUCCUUGUGUUUGGUAACUGGAUCCUGUGGAUGUAUGGCAGGGUGAUGUGGCAAAGUAAUUCUUCCUCUAGCCAUAGCUUAUCUACAUUGUUCUGACAUAGGCUCCAAGCUGCUGAACACCAGGUUACUCUGACUGACCAAAAAGCUGCUGGUUUGGCUGUAUUAAAAGCCUUCUAUGUUGUCGGUGCUCUGUCUGGACAGAGUACAUGGUGACUGAUUGUAUGGUGAAGCCGACUUGUAGAGCAAUACAUGUGGGUAAAGGUUCUCCAGGGCCUAUUUGUCAUAGAAGGAAUACAAAGGGAAUUCUUAACUUGCCUAUUUUUAUAAUUGUUUUCCCAGACCUUGCCUAAAGUAGACAUUCCUCCCUUUCACCUUCUCACUGAGGUCAGCAGCUCAGCCUCUGUAUCUUGUGACCGUUAGCCACCACGCGUUGCGUGCAGCACUGCAGUGGGCUGAACUAGUGGCUGCAGGGAGGUUGGUGGGGAGAAAUAAAUCAGUUACGAAGACGGAGUGGUGGUGUCUUCUGAGCUGCCAACUCCGGCACUCUGGGAUGACGGGCUGCGUGGGCCGGCAGCGCCAUCUUGAGUCACUGUCCUUGGCCACCCGGUGGCAGUUGAGUUGACACUCCGCUCACGGUACCUUUUAGUCUCCAGUAACUUAUUUGGAAAUGUCUUGCCACUUGAAAAUUUUACACAUCUGUGGAUUCUUUUUUUUUUUUUUAACGUGUUGCCUUUAUUAAAUGUGUUUGUUCUAAGGCAGCCUUAUUGCCUGCUGUCAACACUAUACUGUUCUAAAGAUUUUCAUUUUUCUGUUGGCCUCUAGCUUUGGUGAUGAUUUGCCCGUGUUCCCAGCUUUUCACCCUUCCUGUUGAGUGAUAACAAGGGAGGCACUCUUUUGAUUUGAUUUCCUCUUCUCCUGGGUGCCGUGUUCUCAAGUACAUGUCUAGAGACCCACCAGCAGUAGUACAGCUUUCCUAGAUUUCCAGAGGGCUUUUGCAGGUUUCUGCAUUCUAUAUUAUUACACUUCCUUCUUCUAAAAGUAUUGAAAAGAUUUCUACUUUUGCUCCAAGAUAUUUUUGACAUGACAAUGACAUUACGUCUUUUUUUUUUUUUAAUAAGCUCUCAGGCAGAUGAGUGAUUCUGAGCCGCAGCCCUCACGCUCGCAGUGUCCCGAAAUAGACAGCUCUUGAAGGAUGGCUGUGUGCUAACUCAGCAGCACUUCCACCUCCGUUUCAAAAUAAUGAACGUGAUAUUGUCCACUCCUCUGUCACUUGAAUUCCUGACAUAAAUGCCUCUGCAAAAUAGAGGAGUACACAGAGUGGCAUAUUUUCAUGCAGGCACAGUGGAGAUGCAGCUGCCUUUGAAGUAUGUGUAGCUAAAUUAAACAGAGAACACCCUUUUAUUCCUGCCAUCUACCUCCCUACUGCAGUUCUCGGUUCCUGCCCUUUAUUAGGGAAAUUGUCUAAUCUGAUAUUGUUUCAUCCGAUAAAACAUUGGGUAUAUGUGGUUGUUGUCUCUGCUGAUGUAUCACAGUGUGUAGAAGCUGCCGGUCAGCUGUGAAGAAUAGAGCUCAUGCCUUUGAGUCGUGUGUUUUUAGGCUGUGUUUUUAGACUAAGAGUAAAGCGUGCCUUUGGCUUGCAGUUUUAAGGACAGGUGGGUAUACAAUGAAUUUUAGUUGUUUAGGGUUAAACAAACUAAUGGGAGUGCUUUGUCAUGCAACCCAAAGUCAAUCAGUGAAAUUUAUUGCUGUAGAACGUGAUAGGGAACUGAUUGUUAUUAUUGUUUAAACACAAGGGACUAGUUAAACAAUGGUUUGAUGCAUCCAAUAACUCAGGGAGAUUUUAAGUUGCUGUAAAUAAGAAAGUUACACCAAGAAAAGAGUAAUUUUUUUCUGCACACUCUGUCUCCAAGAAUAUGUUAUCAGUCAAAGAUUGAGAAAAAUAUAUACGGGGCUGGGUGGAAUGCUGAUCUGACCUCGUGGGGUUUAAUUUACUCUGACAAUUGUGAACUAAACUCAUUUUAAAAUCAGUCUCAAACGUAUCUAUCUACAAAUCUGUAUCUGCAUGUAAGAUGUGCACCAGCUGUACUAACUGUCACGUAAUUGCUUAAAUGCUGAACCUUCUGUAGGGGUGGGCUCUAAGAAGAUGGAAGUAUUCUGGCUUCAGCCUUUUCUAAACAUUGCCUUGGAUGCUGCAGAAACACUGUUGAGAUGGUCCUGUUAAAUAUGAUUGUUCAGGGGUAGUUUGCCUUGCUCUUUGAUGCCUAUGGAAAUGUAACUGUAGAUUCCUCACAUUUGGAAAGGAAAACAGCAUCGCUGCUGCCUAGCCAAGUGAUGCAGGACUAAGAAAAUUCCCAGUGCACUCUUUGGUGUGCAUGAGCCACCCCUGCUGAAGAAAUAAAAGGACAACCAAACACUGAAGAGCAACAUCAAUUAGAUCAAUAUUGCAUUUACCUGUAAUUCUCAAAUACAGGACAAUAUGUGUGAGUAGCUUCAUGAUUCCUAAAGGCUAGAAUGUGUAGGUUGUUUGUUGUUGUUGUUUGUUUGUUUGUUUGUUUUUUUGCUUCCCUUCACUUAUAUUAGAAAUGUGAAGGGAUGGUCAUGGAAAAGGCUCCAUCUCAGUGGAAGCAUCCCCAAGUGAAUGUAAUGAAGCAGAAACGUGAUCUGUGGGUGCCUGCUGUUUGUAGGAGUCUUCCAUCGGGGGUGUUACUGUGUGGAGGUGACGGCACCUUCUGUAAAUACCACUUACCCCUGGUCUCUGCAAACUCUCAUGCAUUUAAUGCUUUGGGUUUUGUUUGUUUUGGGUUUUUUUGUUCUUUUUAAGAGAAACUGAAUGGGGAAGGAAGAGUAAUGGCUUUUUCCUUUCCCUAGUUUGUUAGUACCUAAGCCCCAUCAAGUGUCUUCACAGUAGUAAUGCAAUGGUGCCGUUGCAGAGAAAAUCUGUGCUGUUUUUCUUAUUUGGAGACCUAUAACUCCAUUCAAUCAUUGUCAGAGUAUCUGGAUCCUUAAGAUAUAACUGGACAUGGAUAUCUACAAAAAUAAGAGAGAGAGCAAAUCUUGCUGACAGUCCAACUUAGCAGCAAUGCUGCAGCAAUAAAUGUAAUGUUCAGCUCUCACAACAAAGCCCAGCCAAUAUCCUCUGUCUACAAAGGAAACUUGUAGGAUAAUGAGAUUUUUUUUUUUUUUAACCAAGACAGAAAAUCACUAAAAUGUUUGCAAGUAGGAGAUUUCCCUCUUGACAGGCUGAUGGAUUUGGGAAAUAUGCUGCAAAAUACAAAGCAGAUACUGCAAGGGAAAAAGAAUGGCGUCUUAAAAACUGCAAGUUCUGCUGUUUUGUUGUUCCUUUUGAGUGUGUUUUUAUUUUUUUUAUUUUUUAUUUUCCUGCAUCUGCAGAGCUUUUGCUAUUUCCCUACCUCUCCGUUCAGAAAUGCAUUGUUCUUUAUAAUACAAACUAAUAUCACACUAGGAUUCUCGAUGGGCCUGGAAAAACAAAAAACCAAUAAAAACAAAGCCACUCUGGAUAGCAUUUCACCAUUAUCACUUUUGGAAAUAGCUCAAACAGCAACGUGUUCUGUAGGUGCAGUCUGACAUGUUAACUAUAACCCCACAGCUUCUUGUUUUUCUACCUGUGCGGCUCUGCCUGUCACGCAAUCUGUUUUUAUCAGCUGUGCUGUUUUCCACGCUGUCAUCCUCCUCUUCCUCGUGCCUGCCCCUCUGCCACUCCCUUAUUACUCCUGGAAUAACCCCAUUUUUCAGAACCCCUCCUCCUAACAGCCUCCACCUCCUCCUGUUGCCAAGAUUUUUGUUUUGCAGCGUGUUUGUCAAGCUGAAAUGUAAGCGCCCUGUGGCAGGCCAGUGUCACCUUUUACGUGUCUGUAAGGUGAUGUGCAUUCUCGCAGUGCUAUCUACAAAUAAAUGUGGUAUGAAGUUAA